AGAACCUGAAAAGGCCCAAAUUUAAUACUUAACUACUUCGCUCGACAUCCCACUCAAACAUCCAUACUUCGAGUACAUCCUGUAAAUGUCGUUAAAUAAGGAACGCCCGAUAUUCUGUCCAGUUAUGUCUACAGAAUGCAUGCAUGUAUAAUUGUACAUUCAUAGGAUUACAAUAUUACAGCUAAGGAGAGCAAAGUUAAUUUUUUUUUUUUUUCGUAUGGAAUUGACCGAAGCCUAUUUUUUUGUCCAUUUUUGUAUCAUUAGCUAUAAAUGAUGAAUGUGCCAUUUAAUUAUUCUCUAUUUUGAAUAUAACCGAUUCUGAAUGUUUGAUCAGCACUGGUAUUCUUUAUGUAUCAAUAUACUGCCAUUAUUAUGAGGUCAUGUAAGCGUGUCAUCAAUUUUAUUAAAUACUGAUUUUGCUUUGAAUUGAUGAAGUCAUUUUAUAUAUUUGUCCACUUCAGAUGAUCAGUACAAUAAUAAUGUUUUUCAAUUUGAUUUCGAAUAUAAAACAAAGAUAUUUUAAAGUACUGAAAUAUGUAUUUUCAGAGAAAAAUUAAUUUUUUCAGAAAACAGCAGUAGGUUUGUUAAUCUAAAAAACAGUCCAAAAAAAAGAACUCAGUAGAGUAUUGUUCAAGCAAGUAAUCUUAUUUUAUUGUGCAGAGAUUUACUGCCAUUAAUACUUAUGUUUGUUUAUAUACCUUCAUCCAUAACAUUUAUAGGCUUAAAGCAAUAAAGCCUGUAAUGUUAAUUGUAGCCCAUAUAAUAGAGCAGUGUACAAUGCAAUCAAAAUAAUUUUUCUCUUCAAAUUUUUGGUCGACUUUUGCUAUAUAACAGUAAUGUGAUUUUUAACUGAGAAACUAAACAUUUAUACACACCAUAUUCUGUGUAUACUGUAUUUAUGUAUUUGAAAUUCAUUAUUGUAAAUUGGUAUUCACUGUUUAAUUGUUCACCAAUUACGUAUAUAUGUGUCUCAUACUGAACUGAGCAAAUUUCGUACAUCAACCCACCAAAUAAGACACACAUAUGAUCAUGUGUUCAACAUUUCUAUCAAUGUUAUCAGAAUGAUAACUUUGGUUUUGGUGCAACCAACUGAAGUGGGUGCUAUAGCAUAGCUAAAGCAUCAGACUUGAUUAUUCGGGCAUCGCAGAUUGCACCAGGGUUAAAAGCCCAUGUGCACCCUAAAGUGUUGAGACUUAACUGUGCGGACAUCUCUAGUUACACUUUGGUUCAAAUCUCAUGCUCACAACAAUCUCACCCAGGGUGUACUACGUUGGGUAGGCAAUGCUGAAUCUUGAAGAUUCCAGUUUUUCCAAAAAUAAUAACUUCUCACAUAUUGCUAGAUAUCAGUGGGGUCUUAUGCAGGGCCAUAUACAGAGCAAAGUGUUUUAUUAAAAUUAAAAAUAUCUGAAUGUUGGUUAAAUUGCUGUCUUUUGCGGUUAGACAUGCAAGACUAGUAUCAGACAAUUAUGGUCUUUAAAUGUAAUUUCUUGAUAUAUAUUAUAGCUUAUUACUGCCAUUAUAUUAUUUUUCUGCUUUUUAUAUCUAUGAUAAUGCUAGUUAUGUUCCAACUAUACAUAGUUGAUAACAGUCUUUGCUCCUAUUCAAAAAUCAGUCGGUUUACUGAAUGCAAAUUUUUAUAUCUCACAUAUGCUUUAGAAAUGACUGCUCUUCAAAUAUUUCUUCUCAAACUGUUUUAUGAAAACUUACUUCGAUAUGAAACUCCUUCUAAACUAAAAAUUUUGCUCUUAGGCCACAAGAAAAAUUGAACACGUUGGUUAUGGUCAACAUAUCAUUUUUUUCUAUUGCUCUAUUGUUUUCUAAAAGAAAAUGCUGAGAUAAGUUUUGAUACAAAUCUUUAAGUCAACAAACCCACCGAGUGGACAUUUUCCAAUUUUUGUUUCUACUGCUACCUUAUACUGCUACAUUUUUGCAAUACCUUAUUUAUAUUGUUCUGUUUUUCUUUAUAUACAAGGAUUUAUUGUAGUGUACAUUGUGAUAGAAUAAAAACAAUGAAGCAGAAAGAGAUGCCUGGUAUUACUGUUGACAUGAAAGUUAUGAGAUGUGAACAAAAUAUUCUCAACAAUCCUGAUGGAUCUGCUGAUUACUCUGAAGGUGACACAAAUGUCCUCGUUGCAGUUUAUGGACCGGCAGAUUGUCGAGAAAGUAAACAAUUAAUUGACAAAAGUACAAUUGAAGUUUCAUUCCGACCCAAAGAUGGGAUUCCUGGCGUUGCGGAGAAAUACUUGGAACACACAAUAAGGCAUACAUUUGAAAAUGUCAUCAUGACACAUCUAUAUCCAAGAAGUCAAAUAAUGAUCAUUGUACAAAUUGUUCAAGAUUGUGGAUCUCUUCUUUCUUGUGCUAUCAAUGGAUGCAGCAUGGCUUUACAGGAUGCUGGAAUCAGCAUGACAUGCAUGCCAGCUGCUAUAUCGAUGGCUCUUACGAAACGAGCAAUGGAAUAUGGAAUUUCAGAACCUGGUGAGGGAGACACACGAGUAGAAGAAGUAGUGCUGACUCCGGCCACCACUGAGGAGCAAGAAGCCAGUGCUUCAAUGUUGUUUGUAUUAGAUAGUGUGAAAAGAAAUGUUAUAUCAAUUAUUAGUAAAGGAACAAUAGACCCUGUGUUGCACAAAAGGUGCUUGAUAGCUGCAAGGACAGCUAGUGAAAUAGUUUUCAAAUUUUACAGAGAUUCUGUUGCUAAAAAAGUCUCUUCAAGUGUUGACUUUACAUGACUCUUCGUGAUACUUGGUCAUUUGCCAUCGGAUGGCCUUGAUCAGUGAAUGGUGGUGGCCUAUUUGAAAUCCUAGGAACGGAUUCGCUUUUGAAUCAAAGUCACAACAGAUUCGUUCCAUCAUAUGUCACUACGGAGGCUACAUCAACAUGGCCCAUUUUACAUAAAUCUAAUACAAAACUUCAGAGACGCCAAAUAUAAGGCUAGUUGUCAUCUGUGUUACGAGGUAUAUGUUUCCUUCAGUCGUCUAACAUUUCAGCUCUCUCGCUGAUUAUUACGACAUUCCAAGAACGGUCGUGUGAACCUCCUGCGUAAUGCAGUUCUCCACAUUACUGCACAACAUCGUAAGGUUUCUGCACAAAGAAGACUGGUCCUAAUGCAUUUGAGGUCUUGUUCUUAAAAUCUUUUCACUUGACUAUUAAUAAAAAAACUUGAAGGGCAUAA